UCGUAAAAUAUUUCGGACCUAUAAAGAGAGAAUUUGAUGAAAAUAACAUUGAUAGACGAAUUCUCAGAAAAGCCUCGGUUGGAUACUACAAAUACGAUUGUUAUAAUAAGUACAGUUGUAUCAUGACACAAGGGUAGUAGGAAGUUUUUAGAAUUAUAAUAAAAAUAGUCUCAACAUACUAUCAGAGAGUCGCGUGGAAUAUGGCGUCUAAUUAUAUAAAAGAUGAACAAGGCGGAACAUUCAUUCCUGCUAGUCAACGUCCAGAUGGUACAUGGCGUAAACCACGACGUGUAAAAGAUGGAUACAUACCACAAGAAGAAGUACCCUUAUAUGAAAGUAAGGGUAAACAAUUUAUAAAAAACAAACCAAUUUAUCCUGUUGGAGCAAGUCCAGAGUUCAUAGCACAACACAAAGCAAAACAAGAAGCUUUAGCAGCGAAAGCAGCUAAAAGUGCAGCAAGUGUACAACCAAAGCCAGAAAAUAAAAAGAAAAAGAGGAAAAGUAAAAAUAAAAAUACUGAAAUAAUAAUAGAAGAAUUAUCCAAAACUACUAUAUCACAAGCUAAAGUUGAAAAUAAAGUGGUAGUAGCAUUGAGUAAUGAGGUAAAUAAGAAGACGGAUCAACAACAACAACAACAACAAACAACAGUUGUCGAUACAGAAAAAAGAAUAAAAGGUCUUCGUAAGAAGAUAAGGGAAAUUGAAUCGUUGGAAGAAAAAAUAAAAAGUGGUUUAUUAAAAAAUCCAGAAAAAGAAAUUUUAGAAAAGAUGCGAAGAAAAAAUGAGAUUAUUAAUGAGAUUAAAACUUUAGAAGAUAAAUCAUAAAUAAAUGAUGCAAUUUAAUUGAAAUAUUUGUACGAAUCAAAUGUGAUGA